AUGAAACUUCAACGAGAUCCCGGCAGAACCGCAUACCUCGUAUGCCUUCUGCUCGCUCUUCAAUGCACAUGCUUUGUACGAGCAGAGAGCUUUACCUAUCCGACAGCAAAGGAAUAUCAGUUCAUCGUGGGAGACUUGGUCAAUGUAUCCUGGGACGUGGUGACAUCGCGUAUUUCUCUUUAUGAAGUGUGCAACACCAAGAUCUCCUUGCUAUUAAACGUCACAAACCCCUACAGCCAUGUCUGGAACGCAACCCGCGACAAAUAUAGAGAGUCCGGCUGCGCGUUCGAGCUCGACUCACUGGACAUGUUCGGUAUUUUUAACCCACCAGUACUCACAAGUGUCAAGAUUGGCGUGAGCAAGCGUCAGAAAGAUGACCCUCCGCCUGAGUUUUAUAACUUCACCACUUCAAUGAAAUCUACCUCGAGUACUACUUUAGCAACAUCCACCUCUACAUCUCCACAUGGUACAAGCACCGUGGCGGCCGAAACAACAGCAGCAUCAGCAUCCUCCAUUCCAGCUACCACCGAUGACGGCAAUGGUCUUACUGUCGCACAAAAGGUUGGGAUCGGUCUCGGGAUUCCGCUAGGAGUGCUGGCAAUGUCCACUGCUGGGGCUUUAGGCUUUCUGUAUCGACGCCGAUCGCAAAUGGGGAGUGGAUUGGACGAGACACCGAAUUCGGAUCAACACGCAUCCUCUGGAAUGGCUGAAGCGGUCAAACCUCCAUGGGAUCCUCGCAGUUCCAGGGCAGAAACGGUAAUCGCAGAACUGCCUUCACCGUCUUUUGAAAUGGAAGGCAUAUCGGAAGAGGCGAACCAUCGACCGAUAAGCGAAGUAAUGGGAACUCCUCGGAGUGAGCUUAGUACGUGA